AUGACUAUUCCCAGCACUGCCACCUCAGCGCCUGAUACCGGCUCCGGUGCGUGUUUUGCCGUGUCGCAUGAUGCGGAGCUGCCUGCCACGCUGGGCCAUGUCGACGGUGCUUCCCCAGUGCCUGGUACUGGCACAUUUUUCGCUGUGACAUCACUGAUGUGCAGUGACUCGCGUGCGGCGCUGCCAGGCUGUGUCAACAGGCACGAUGGCUUCCUCGAGCCAAACCCAGCUCUCGACUGGAAUGCCAGGGUUCUCCAGGGUCUCGACAUGAGUUAUGCUGCUCGACUGCAGCAACGUGCCGAACGGCACCAUAUUCUCAUCCCUGCUCUCAGAAUGCCUGCCCCACCCAUCACCACAUCCACCACUCCUCCAGCACCCUCAUGUGUGACAGACUGGGAAGCUGAACUUCGCUUCCGGUUUUCAGAGAGUCACUUGGCGCGUCUCGAACGGAGACAACUCAGCAACCCAUACAGUAAGAUCUCCACUCGACGAGAGGGUCGCCAUGCAGCAGAGCAGCGACUUCACGACAUGCAGCAACAAAAUGCAAAGCUGGCCAAGAGAAUGACCUGGGCAGAUGAGCAACAUGUGCAUGACCUCAAGCGUAGUGAUCUGGACUGGGAUGUUGUUCGCACACGCUUGGAUGAGGCAAAGGAGCAUCGGAAGCAGCGCGAUGUUGCAGAUGCUUGGCGUACACACAUCCUUGAGCAGAGGAAGGGGAAAACUUGGGAGCAGCACCGUCAUCUUGACCAGGUGAUACAGGCACCUCCCAAAUUGAAGGACAUGAGAUGGCAGAAUGGGAGAUGUGAGAAUGGGAGAAUGGGAGAACGGGAGAACGGGGGGACGGGGGGACGGGGAAAUAUGAGAUGGGAGACAGGAGAAUAG